GAGAAAGUAGAAUGUGAAUGAAUGGCACCAAGCGGCGGCACCAAGCGGAAGGCGAAGAAGAAAUCCCACCACCACCUGAACCGCCCGAACCGGCCCAACCUGGCGGCGAUAAUCUCGGCAGUGACAGCCACCGCGAACUCCUUCCUCUCCCAAAACGACCUGACCCUUCUUCCCUUCCAAACCCUCGCACUCGAAUCCCUAAUCGCAUCCACAUCCCACUCUCUCUCCACAUUCCUUUCUCUCCUUCCCAAACCCUUCGACCCUCUCUCUCUCCCACCUUCACUACCUCCCCCGCAAGCCCAAUGCUGGUUUCGCCGCUUCCUCUCCGCCGCCAACACCGAUUCGCGCUGGCUCCAUGCAUUUCGCAUGUCCCAGCCUUCCUUCUCUCAACUCCUCGACCAACUCUCCCCUUCCCUCCGCUCCGCGCUUCCCCAAAUCGCCCCCGAUUGCGCCCUAGCCGCCGCCAUUUUCCGACUGGCCCAUGGCGCCUCCUACGCCGCCGUGGCGCGCCGCUUCGGGAUCUCCCUCGCCGAGUCCUGCCGCGCUUUCUUCGCGGUCUGCAAGGCCGUGACUAAUAAACUAGGGCACCUCUUCGAGCUACGCACUGAUUCCGACAGGGUUGUGGUGGGUUUCGGGUGGAGCUCGGUCCCCAAUUGUGUGGGCGUUCUGGGGUUGGAUAAAUUCGCGAUUGAAAGCAAAAUUUUGGGUGAAGAUGGGUUCUUGAUGGUUCAGGCAUUGGUGGAUUCCGAAGGUAGGUUCUUGGAUGUUUCAGCUGGGUGGCCUAGUACGUUGAAACCCGAAACUGUUUUGCGUCAGAGUAAGCUCUUUCUUGAGGUUGAGGAAUCCAGAGAGUUGUUGCAAGGGCCAUCUUUUAAGCUCAGUGAUGGUAGUUUGAUUCCUCAGUAUGUGUUGGGGGAUUCGUGUUAUCCCCUUUUGCCAUGGCUUUUAACACCUUAUAAUAGGGUGAAUGAGGAAGAUAGUUUUGGUUCUGCUGAAAGAGCAUUCAACUGUGCACACGCACGUGCAAUGGGGUUGGUUGGUGAUGCCUUUGGGAGGCUAAGGGUUAGGUGGCAGAUCCUUUCGGAUUUAAGGAAGUGGAAAGGGGAGUGUGUUGAGUAUUUGCCUUAUGUGAUUGUGACUUGCUGUUUGCUGCAUAAUUUCUUGAUUAAGUGUAACGAGCCAAUGCCUGUUAAAGAAGUCACAAUUGUGGAAAAGGAAAGAGCGGAUGAUGUUGCUUCUGAUGGAGUGGUGGAUGAGAAUGCAAUGAGGAUAAGGGAUGCACUUGCCAUGCAUUUUAGUAGGGAGAGCUUGAGAGGAUGAAUCAAUGAAAAGACUCGUGUCUGUAAAACCUUGUAGGGGCUACCACUUCCGUUAAGUUUGUUGGCUUUCAAUGCCCUUUUUAUGUGUCACAUUUUUGUCAUGUAUACCACGUGCAGUUUUGAUGUACCAAUCACAAUCAACUGUGAUACUGCUUUUCUAGUUAGGGUAGUUUAGCAGCACACCAAGUACAAAACACGCUUUCUUGUUAUUGAGGCUUUGUACUACCAAGAAUGUAAAAGUAUGAAACUCUUCUUUUCAGUAGCCAAGAUGGUUGUGUCUGUCUGCAAA